AUGCCAAAAAGAAAAAAUGAAGAAAAAAUUAAACGUUAUCGAAGCAAAAUUAGGAAAUUGGAACAGGAGCAGAGAAAAUACAAACGAAUUAUUUAUUCGUCUUCUGAGGACUUUGAUAAAGAUUCGGAUAGUGAAAACCUUGAUAUCGCCGAUAUGGAACCCUUGAAUUCAGAGUAUCGAAGCGACAAAAAUAGCGCUUUAAAUAAUGAGGAGACAAAAUAUGACUCUGACCAAGAACCGGUAGUGUCAGAAUUAGAGCUUGACAUCCUUACUGCCUUAGGUGAGACCACCGAAGAGACAUCGAAGUUGGGCCCGAAAAUCCACGACAAGUUAGCUCAGCUAUGGUUACCUAUACUUCGAAAGGGUAUACAUAAAGAGGCGAAAGAGAAACUACUUAAAGAAUAUCUCAUACCGGAAAACUGCUCGUUAUUACAAGCGCCAAAACUAAACCCUGAGAUUUCGGCCGCUGUAUCCGAGGGCACCAAGACUCGAGACAAGAGAGUCGAGGCCGUACAGCAACAAUUAGGACAGGGGAUAUCAGCUCUUAACAAAGGGCUCGAACUCCUCUUAGAUGAUGGCAAAGACAGACUUCAAGCCGUUAAGUUUCUCAGUGACAGCUGUAGAAUACUAUGUGACCUACAUUUUGUAGAAACGGAAGCAAGAAAGAAAUUUGUGACUCCAGGAUUGGAUAAAUCCUUUAUUAAUAUUAUGCAGGAAGUGGAUCGCGAUGACCUGGUCUUUGGAAAUAAGCUUACAGAAAAAAUCAAAGCCACAAAAGUGAUUGAGAAACACGGUUUACAAAUUAAGAAACCUGUCCAAAAUUUGAAAGCUUCCUACCCGUCACAGCAACCAUCGACGAGCCGCUCACGCUCCCAGGGAAACUGGGGAGGCCCUUCUCGCUUCUCGUCAAACAGAGGGGGGAUGGGGGGGCGAAGAAGAAUACACUACCAAGUCGCAGAACGCCACCAGGCACCAGCUUCCAACCGAAGCCAUCGGCGCAGAGCAGACAUCGUGCCACAACUCAACAACAUUAAAGGUACACGCAGGGAGAAUUCUGCAUUUUUAUAA